AUGGCUUCACUCGCUGCCACGCGCACAGAACAACUAAGCUCUAUUGACUCGUUACAGACGCCUACAAAUAAGGAGAUGCUUAACAGGCACAGCAACACAACCAUGGUUGGAAACCCUUCAACAGAAUCACCUUCAGGGUCUCGUCCUUACUCUAGCUCGGAUCAGCCUAACGACGUUGAAUUGGUCACAUCACAUCAUAAAUCAAGCAACAGGGGAUGUUGGAGUCGUUUUGUUAAUUCGGAGCUUGGUCGGGCCUUCUUUGGUCUUAUCUAUUUUGUGGUCAUCUGUAUUGGUAUGGCCUUUUGUAACCAGUUUUCGGACCAUCGUUGGGUCACCACAAACUACAGAGAAAUUUAUCUUGAAGACCGAGGUUUUGACAUCUUUCCUGCUCAAAAGGAUAUUACGCCUGCCAACGUCUUUGUCAUGACCUCCGUUAUCUUUACGCUCGUCGGUGUAGCCUUGAUUUGCCCUACCUGGACUGCCCGUAUUAUUGCUAUAAGAAGAGUCUUCUGGGUCGUAGGUACACUCAGUAUCCUUCGUGCCCUCACCCUUUCAGUUACCACCAUGCCUACGCCCAAGGUAGACUGCGUCCCUGCGACUAAGCGAGGAUUUGGACCCAUGUUGUGGAUCGCUUUGCAAAUGAUUCCAGGAACAGUCCAGGCCUGUACUGAUGACAUCUUUUCUGGACACACGGUCUUUAUGGUUACUUGUGCUAUUCAGUGGCGUCUCUAUUGCCGAAAUAGAUGGAUCACUUAUUUUACGUACAUCUACAUCACAGUUGGCCUCUACUUUGUCGUAGCAACUCGUCUUCACUAUACUGUUGAUGUUGUUCUGGCUGUCUUUAUCACCUAUGCUGUUUGGUCGCUUUAUAUGGCUACGAUCGACGUAGUAAUGGAGAAGGAAUACUUUGGCAUCCGACGCAAUCAUGAGAAGUACAUCGUUUUCGACGAUCGCUGGGCAGAAAUCAAUGAACAAGAGAAGCAAUAUGAAAAUGAUUUGGAGAGCGGUAACCUAGAUGAAAAGGAGGCCGUGAACGGCGACACGACAGCAAUGGCCAAAUCGACUACUUCGGGUUUUGCCACCAAGAAGGCCCAGCUCCAACACCGCCUGAAUCGCAUCCGUGGACCUGGUAUUGGCUACGACCGAGGCGAGUAUGAUCGUGUAGCCUUUGUACCCAUGCAAUACAACGUCUGGCUGACUGGAGCUAUUCGCUGGUGUGAUGGCUUGGAUCUUCGUAUGCAUCAGUCUGAAGAUGGCACUCCGGGAUCUCGCUGGGAAGAACUGGUGGUUGAUCAUCGAUCCAAGCAGCAUUCACAGUCUAGCAGCACGGAUGUGCAGCACUUUUCACCCCAAAAGUACGAAGUCAAUGAAAUAGAUCUCGAAGCCGGUCAAGUCCGCCAUGGCCGCGAUACAACCACUCCAGUGAUGCUAGGUAGUAUUCAUGUUAUCAACCAUUCGGAAGGGUCCUCUACAGCAGCAGGCACCAAGUAA